AUGGCAAACCAAAAAUCACUAUCCGUCAAGGAGGUCUCGGGGCAUCAAUCACCCGAGGAUUGCUGGAUUGUGGUUGACAAUCAAGUCUGGGAUGUAACGGAUUUCCUUGACGAACACCCUGGAGGUUCUAACAUUAUUUUGAAGUAUGCAGGCCGUGAUGCUACAAAAGCCUAUUCGCAAGUACAUUCGCCAAGUGUAUUGAAGACAGGCCUGGAACCAGAGAGUUUCAAGGGAGUCCUUGAUGAGUCUACAAUUGAUGAAGAUUGGAUUAAACCACCACCUGGCGAAAAUCCCAAGGUUCUUCUGGACAACGAAAAGCCUCCAUUAGAAACCCUGAUCAAUUCCCAUGAUUUCGAGGUAGUCGCUUCCAAGACUGCAAACAAGAAGACAUGGGCAUUCUACUCCAGCGCAUCAACAGAUCUGAUUACCCGAGACGCGAAUAAAUCCUGCUUUGGCCGGAUAUGGUUUCGGCCCCGAGUACUUCGGAAUGUGCGGUCUGUGGAUACCCGAACAAAGAUCCUAGGUGGCGACUAUAAGCUUCCACUUUUUGUCAGUCCAGCCGCGAUGGCUAAGCUCAUCCAUCCAGAGGGAGAAUGUGCGAUUGCCCGGGCGUGCGAGAAGAAGGGCAUCAUUCAAGGCAUCUCGAAUAACUCUUCAUUCACUAUGGAUGAACUGCGAAACACUGCCCCAGGCGCAAGUUUCAUUUUCCAGCUAUAUGUCAAUCGGGAUCGGGAAAAGUCUGCCGAGCUUCUGCGCCAAUGCUCUGCCAACCCCAAUAUCAAGGCGAUCUUCGUGACCGUUGAUGCUGCGUGGCCGGGUAAACGGGAAGCGGAUGAACGAGUCAAAGCAGACGAAGGCAUUUCCGUCCCAAUGUCGCCCUCUAAAGCGCAGAAUGACAAGAAAGGCGGUGGUUUGGGUCGUGUGAUGGCUGGAUAUAUUGAUCCCGGUCUUACGUGGGAGGAUCUGAAAUGGGUCCGACAGCACACUCAUAAACCGAUUUGUCUUAAAGGAGUGAUGUCCGCUGAUGACGCUCUCAUGGCUAUGAAGGCUGGGCUGGACGGAAUUCUUCUCAGUAACCACGGCGGUCGUAAUCUUGACACAAGCCCGCCUUCCAUCAUCACUCUAUUAGAGAUGCAGAAAAGAUGCCCAGAGGUCUUCGAUGCCAUGGAAGUGUAUGUGGACAGUGGUAUCCGUCGAGGAACCGACAUCCUAAAAGCUAUGUGCUUGGGCGCAACUGCGGUGGGAAUGGGUCGGAGUAUGCUAUUCGCGAUGAACUACGGACAGGAAGGCGUUGAGCAUCUCAUUGAUAUCAUGCAAGAUGAAUUAGAGACUGCCAUGCGCAACAUUGGAAUCACCUCAUUGAAUCAGGCAUCUCCGGACUACGUCCACACCGCAGAUGUCGAUCAUUUGGUUCCAGCGUCUCGCUCACAUCCAUAUGCUCGAGCCAUAGCUAAAGGCCGAAAGAGGAGCUUGAAACUUUAA